UGGCGCCAGAUUGAACCAAAGUUUCACGCGCCUUAGGAGCGGUUUUGCAUUCACCCGCGCUCCCUCUGCUGAUUCCAGACAACCCAUGAUCAAUUUCUUGAAGUUCUGUUGCGAAGAUGCAGAAGAAGCAGCUAGAUCGUUCCCUCCCUUUUGCAUUCCAUUACUGUUUCCUGCAAUGACUGCUUCGCCAACUCGUUGGGACCUGUAUUAUACUGUUGCACGGAAGAGUGGAAGCGGCCCGAGAAGGAAAGCUCCAUACGAUCGAUCGGUUAUUUGGGAGUGAAACGCGAUUCUGUGGCCUGUCAAAAUGAUCGAACCUGAGAGAUAACAGGAAUCCGUACAAUGCAAUCAGGUGCACUGUUCCUCUUUCAGUCUCCUAUUUGUACUUUGUAAAAGGCUGUUUUGGAAGUAAGGUGCUCCUCUAUAUGGCAAAUGGACGGUAAGAUUGUGAACAUGGUCUAAAACGGUUGUGUUCUGCAUAAUAAGUCAGUCACCGAAACCUUUAUCAUUCCUCUUCUUUUACUCGUCUAGCUUUUCAAUGCUCACCAUUCAAGGGAGCAAGGGAGAGGGUAUUGGGGUUAGUUCUCAGCAAGUCAACAUGGUAUGAAGGGAGCCAAAUUGUUCACUCCCACAAACUGCUGUACAGGGAGAUGGGGUGUUAUUUCUUUUCUGAUGAAGAUUAAGCCUGGAGAUUGCAUAGCAGCAUAGCCUUGGUGGGAGUUUGGGAUGAUUAUGGUUCUAGAUGUUUUCUAGCAAAUGCACGUCCCUUUAACAUCUUUUUUGGUAGCCAAAUAAAUAACUGUUCAGAAUCCAACCGGAAAUUCUGCCAGUCUACUUGUGUAAAAUCAAUGGGGUCUCGUCCCCUAUACAUGCUCGUGCUUGCCUGAGUGGAUGGCUACUCUGAGAUGCGAGCUUCUUUUGGAUGCUUGUCAUCAUUUCCAUGUUGACGAAGUAUUCUAGAGGCAGAGCAACUCUGCUUUACACCCCCGAUUUUUGCAUGCUCGUCAGAUAUUGAUGAAUAUAGCUUCAUGUGCUUCUUAAUCUUCUAUUGUUGUUCUUUGUUUUCAAACAUCCACAUAUUAUAAGCAUAGGUCCACGUGCUUGCAUCUUCUCUUUGUUGGGCUUAUUUUUUGCGCUAUUUGAAAGAAAUGCAUUUGUUGGCAGCUUUCCCAGUUUAAUUUUUACAUCAAAUUCUACAAGAUUUUAUACUUGUUACUCCCUAGACUCAGAGCCAGCUCUGAGCGAUCUCUUUUUACCAUAUUAUUACGGAUAUAAUUAUAAAAAACUAGUUUAUCGGGAAUUUUAGACGAAGAUUCCCAUAAAGUCAGAUUUUCAGCGUUAACUCUUGGUUAUAUUGAAUAUCCUUCAACCAAUUGAUAAAAAGCCGAGCCAAAUAAUUUGAACUAAGUAGUCGCUGAACCAUACCGCAUAGUUCCGGCAACAACGAAAUUAAGCUGCAGAAAGCACGGCAGCGAGACUACUGGGAGCCACAGAACACCGGUCAUAAUAUUCAAUCCGCGCAUUCUUUUUUUUAAUAAAUCUAUACGUUUCCAAUUAUUGGAGCUCAUGAAGAAGAUAUAUUUGUACAUCAGCUCAAAACAUUAGCAGACGACUAGACAGGCACCAUUUUUCAAAAAAGAUAUAUGAAAAAAAUGGGAAAAUCAAAAUAUUUUAAAAAUAAAUGACAGAUGUAAAAAACAUUUCUUCUAACUUCUUUCAUUUUCCCUUUUCUCAAAAAAGUACUUCUAAUAUGUUUUAAACAUUCGAGGGUUUUUGACAUACAAUUAAAUAUUUUGAGUUUCGAUCAAUGUUUUUGUAAGUAAUUAGUAGAAAACACAAAGUUUUAUUUAAAGCCUUUUGAAUUUCACUUUUUUGCAUGAAAAACAUGCUUCCUGGUUACAAUUUAAGAAAAGCUUCGUUGAGGAAAACCUGAAAAUGGUAUUUGUGACAAUGUUAUGUAAAUUAGUUACUAAAGAUUGCAUGAGGACCUGAUAAAUAUAGAACCAAAGCGCCAGAUAAUGAAAGUUUGUUAUUUCGUCCUCCUCUAGUGCUCCAAUCUUCAUAGUUGCUUUUCCUGAGAGUCAAUUAAUUGCACUUGUGGAAAAGAGUUGUUGCUAUUUAAUGAACUCGAGCUCGUUUCAUAUCAAUUUAGGAAGUUAUUCUUCAAGGCAAAAUAUUUACUUCACACAUGGACAUGGUUGAAACUAGACUUUAUCUAUUUGAUGCAUUGUCCAUGUUUCUUGUUCUGCAAAUGAUUUCAUCUUCUUUCCAGCAGUGUCCUGGCUUGAGUGUGAUUAACUCCUACUCCUCAAGCCACGUCAAAUUAUAUUUUCUACAAAAAAUGAGGAUAGCUGGUGUUCAGGAACACAAGGGUAGCUUAAAGGAAGAUCUUAUAAAAAAGCAUCAAGGUUAUCAGAUGAUAAUAUAAUGCAUCAGAUUAUAGAUGAUUCACAUAUUUAUGAACAUCUAUCAAUUACCUAGCGAACAUCUACCAUACUAAUGUCUAUUUAUUCGGACGCCCCCAGUUUGUUUGAAACGUAUAUAGAAAUUAGAGGUCCACAAACUGUGUGAUCUAAUAACUUGUAAUGCAUCAGGUCUCUUGACCUUACAUCUUUCAACAGAAACUAAUAGUUAACAUAUCCUACAUGUGUCUGAAGUAUUCUGGUGGUGGAACCAAACUGGAAUUGCAUAAUCCACGUAACGUGAACCCUAAUACAACAGAGAUCCAGAAAUUACAAAUGAUGGACAAGAUGCAGCAAAUAAACAGCCUAUGGCUUAAAUUAUAGGUUCCACUUUUCGUGACUGCUCAGAACUCUAGGAUUGGCAUCAUGAAGGACCUUAAGGACGAGAAAAACAUGCUUAGUAAUUAAACACCAAUAUACAAGGCAGUAACUACAGAAACCAAGUAAAAAGAAGUGACUUUCGUACCAAAUUGAUAGUGGAAUAUGUCGCUGGUUGGUAAGUCUACGUACAUAUCCUCAUGAAGUUGCUGAUGGUAGUCAUAACAGCUUAUUGCGUCUGUACACUAAAAAAAAAAUAAAGGCAUGCUGUAUGAGAGAGACAGAGAGAGACACCAUGAGAAACUAAAUCUUUCAGGAACAUAUCAAAGUAAGAAGCCAUUAAAGGGCGAAACAGAUGCCUCAGAAGUUCUAUAACCUAGCUUCUAUUUCAACCAAAAACUGAUGUCUGAUUCUCUUGCAGCAUCUUGAACUUUCAGCUUUCUUAAUUGUUUCUUUUGAAUCAUUCCAAGACAGCAUGAAAAACACAUCUGGAGUGUCAUUUUUACAUGGUACGCUUCUUCCUCUGCAUGUAUGUUGUACCUCAUAGUAUAAAUUAAGAAAGACCUGCAAUAUCCUGCAAUGCAUAUGAUACCUACUAAUUAUAAAUUAACAGAUUCCAAUGUUUAAUGAACUAAAUAUAAUAAAAAUAUUCUGUUUCUGACAAUCCAAGUAUAUCUAUGUCUACGGUUUCAGACAAUUCUGUGGGUGGCCCCUCUUGUUUCGUGUACAGAGUUUGUAUGUUCGGACAUGCUUGAUUUGGACUAAUGAAAGCAAGACAUGCCACGGCAUGCAGUUAAUGGCUGGUAGAUGGCUGCUGCUGUCAGCUGCUUGCCAUGGUCAACAGUACAGUGGGCAGCUACUAGUGAUUGGUGAACCUUCUCAAAAGAUGACUGGUGCAUGGAUAUGGUUAAAGCUGCAAUGGUGGAGGAGGUUCAGAGAUCAAAUUCGGAGUUGAAUUCCUCCGAUGUAUCGACGGCUGGAGCAUUCACGAAGACAGCGUUGCUCGAGGGACGUUGAUGAGGGAAAAGGCGGAAAGGAAGGUAAAGAGAAGGCACAGGAAGGAGCGGUGGCACAUUCGUCCUCUCUCUCUCUCUCUCUCUCUCUCUCUCUCUCUCUUCAUCUACCUUUCAAAACCACCUCUCUCUCUCUCUCUCUCUCUCUCUCUCAUACCUAUUAGAACGAUGGGGGACGUGCCUUCAUCCCCUUCUUGCGCGACGGGGGGCUUUCAGCCGCAACUGUGAGAAUGGAAGAGGAAAGAUCGACCACGGCCGCUCCCAGCACCGCGGCGGCAGCUUCUUCAGAGCGCACUGUUGACCCCACUCCUCUGCUCGGAGGGGGAAAUGGCGACGGCGGAGCCGGUCGUCGCAACAACCUGGCCUUCUUGAUCAGCCGGGCCGCCAGCCGCAGAGGCCUGCGGGAACCGUCCAUGGUGGUUCGGCGGACGGCCGCCCGGCAGCUCGAAGAGCGCCGGGCCGACUGGGGCUACUCGAAGCCGGUUGUUGCUCUGGACGUCACGUGGAACCUCGUCUUCAUUCUCGUCUCCAUAGUCGUGCUCUCUUCUUCCGUUAGGGAGAGACCCAAUACCCCGAUCAGAAUUUGGAUAUGCGGGUAUGCCUUACAGUGCCUUCUGCACGUGAUCUUUGUAUGGAUGGAGUACAGAAGGAGGAAUCGCCGUCGCUCGCCCGGUGAGGGCGGAGGUCCUCCUUCCGGCAGCGGAGAACAGGAUUCCGAUGCCCUCGAAAGUGAAGAUGAUGAUGAAGAGGAUGGUUACAGGAGUCAAGCUUCCGGCAACCGGUCUAGGCUAGCAGUUGUAUUUCUCGCUUUUGAUGUCUUCUUUGCUAUCUUUUGUGUUGCCCUGGCUUGCAUGAUUGGGAUUGCUCUCUGCUGUUGCUUGCCCUGCAUCAUUGCAAUAUUAUACGCAGUAGCAGGACAGGAAGGUGCUUCGGAUGCUGAUAUCAGUUUGCUGCCAAGAUAUAGAUAUAGACAAGAUGGUGGUGAGAAGAGUAGAAUGGGUGAAGGAACCAUGGUGCCUGUUGAUGCUGGCUCAGAAUUUUCAGCUAAUGAGCGCCCACUUUCAGCAGAUGAUGCUGAAUGUUGUAUCUGUUUGACAGCAUACGAAGAUGGGGCUGAAAUCCAUGCACUUCCAUGCAAACAUCAUUUCCACACAGCAUGCAUUGUGAAAUGGCUUCGAAUUAACGCAACUUGUCCACUAUGUAAAUACAAUAUUCUCAAGGGAAAUGAACAGGUCUGACUUUCUGACCUUUUAUGUAUGUCUUGGACAUAAAUGUCAAAAGGAGAGAAAAUGUAUGACAUUUUGAACGGCUCGAGUAUCGUUUCUGAUGUUGCUCGUGGUGAUUUUCAUUUAAAGGUCGGUUGGCCUUGUUAUGUGAGGCAGUCUA